UAUACACCCUAUACACUGUUAAAAUAUUAUUCCAUAAUUUACGUAACUGUUGAUACCAUGAAGCCAACACUAGAUAAUAUUUAUUUGUCCACAUUUUCUCAGUCUAUUGUACCACUUCAAUUAUGUCUAGCAUGUAACGCAUUGUUCACAAAAUCUCAGACAUUAUCUUGACCUGUACAAAUUGUUUACAUUACAUACAUAUAGUAUGGGAAAGAAAAUAAAAGGAGUACAAUAAGAAAUGGAGUUUGUUGAACCUAUUCUAGAAGAUAGUGAAAGAACUUUAUCCAUAGGUAUAUUUAGUAGUGUUUAAGUCUAGGUCACACUGCAUAUAAAGAUGGAUGAUAAAAUUGUCAGUUUGUCGAAGGGGAGCUUGUUACACCGUCUCUCCUCCGGAAGCGAUAGAUGGUUGAAAAUGAGUAAAUUAUUAGGAAAUUCUACAGUGAUAGCAGUUUUCAAACGACUGGGCCCAAACAAAUGCCUAACAAAAUUUGUUUCUUAUUUCAGAUGGCACACCGUACUGUGCACCGCCUGGCGUACCUCGUGACACUCCUCGCUGUGACGUCAUCAGCCAAGAAAGAGCAAUCAAGAUGGUCCCGACAGAUCAGCACAUACACAUCAGACAUCAGCGACUGGGUGCCCCUACCCGGCCCUGUCGAAAGGGAAUCUGAAAUCAUGCCCGAAGUCAUGCCUCAAAUCAAGAGGCAGGCUGUCGCAGAACCAAGGAUUCUGACAGAACCGUUCCCUGGAUUAACGAGACCCACAGGAUUCAGCCAGGACUCUUUCCAAGGAAGACCUUACUUCAACGCGCCACUAAACCGACAGCUGUACCUACAAUCCGUACCUUCUGUCCCAUCUGCGCCUCAAAACUACCUCACUGAACAGGGAUUCGGACAAAGCAUUCGAUUCGGCUUGUCCCAACCCAACUUCCCCUUAAGCCAAGGGUUCGUUGCACCUCCGUUUGGUUUCGAUACCGUUCAACCACAAAAGUCCCGUCCGCCACCAAUACCUAAUCCAGUCAGCUUCUCUCAAGGACUACCUUCCCCACAAGCUAAACCAUUCUACAAUCCAGGUCAAAAAACUAAAUUUGAUGUACCGAGACUGGUCGAUGGAUACCGCGCGGAGAAUGUUAGCAGUGACUACUCCUUCCACUCAAAGAAGAGACCACAGUCCUUACAGAAGAUAAAGUUCGACAGCAUCGACAAACCUAUGAAGUCAGACUCAUUGGCACAUAACUCAAAACUUGAAAGAGAAGAAGUUCAGCUGCUUUACGUACCAUUAGAGUCACUCAAUAGAGGCCAAUUUAACUUGAGAAGUCCUUUGACAACAUCGCAGCUGGUUAAUACAGAACUAUAUUCCCAAGGUGCUCCGAGACCUAAUCCUGUAAAGCAAACCUUCAUCAAUGAAUAUCAAAGACCUAUUGCCAAGCCAUUGGAGACUUUUAGUGGACAAAACUUUUUCUCAGACUUUAACUCGCAACUGAAAAACGAUGACCAAGUACCAAAAUACUCGACGAACCCAACUCCAUUCCCGACUCAACCCCCGACUACCCCUAAACCGAAAAAGUUGAAACCCCAUCAGCCACCUCUAGCUAUUUUCAUGACUAAGGAAGUAAGUAAGAACAGUCAAGUAAAAGUAGGCGACGUGCUAUCAUCAUUGAAAAACGCCGACACUAUUGCUGUAUUAGAUUCAGUCAACCCAUUAAACGCGCCAAAGGUUUUCAUUGGACCCUCCACCUUGCCACCACCAGAGAACUUUGUUAAAUUCGAGUUACCCUACCUCUCAAAUAUUGAGAACAGCGACAAGAAACUGAAACAGCUACCGUUCUUUGUGGCGCCACUCAGCUACAACACUCCAAAUGGAUUUGCAAAAAUACCAUUCCCGUCUCCUCACGUAGGCUCAGUUGUUAUCAACUCUCAAAUCCGUGAUACCGCACACAGCCCGACACCUUCACAACCAAACUACAACCCGAACUACUAUGCUGUGACGUCACCCGCACAAGUCCAUACUGAAAAACCUGUUACUCAAAAGCCAACGUUUAGCUACUACAGUACUGCUUCCCCGAAGCCAAAACCUCCAGUUCCGAAUUACCAAUCGAAUUAUUACUCUUUCGAACCUCAAACAGUGUCCUCAAUAAGACCACCGAAACAACCCGAAACUGCCACGGCUCCUCCCAAGACUGGAUCUUACUUCUUAAGCAACGCAGGACCCCAAUACAGCUCACAAGAGUUCGCUAACUUCCCUCCCGCGAACAAUAAUUACAAGUCUUCUGAACUUCUUGACCAGUACAACUUCCAAAGAAAGCCAGAACGUACAACGACUCUAAGGACAACUACCACUACAACGACAACGACGACGACUAAACCACCUUCGACUUACCCAAGCCAAUUACUAGAAACACAUAACCCUUACUCGAUAAACCAAGCGUUCCACUUUAGUACCCCCUUGGACUACCACAAUUACUUCGAUGACGUGAAACAACCUUACAUGGUACCUGGUACAGAAGGUCACUCACCAUCCCCAUCACCACCAUCAUCACAAACACCCUCGCCGCCGCCUUCUCCUUCAUCUUCCCCCUCCCCGACGCCUUCAUAUCCAUCAAGAGCGGAAGCACAGCCGGAACAAGUCAUCACCGAGAAACCAAAGUACCGACACCAACCGAACUACUUACAGAACUACACCCCCGAAAUACAUUACGACUCCGACCCCAACCUGAAAUACCCUGUUUUCAAUCACAACGAUUAUAUUGAAAAAACUGAAACGUCCUCUCAACCGCCACCUAGCCCUGUUAACUCUGAUGUAAUUACACCAGCUAGCAAUUACAACAGUGAUAUUCCCGCUCCAGUAAUUAAUAACAACAACUAUAACAAUGACUACAAUGCACCUUUAAAUACUUAUAAGGCAGAAUACGCCCAAAACGUUGAGCCUCAACCUCAAAACGGAGAACUGACACAACCACAGCCUGGUGAACAAGAGAAUCCAUCAGAAGGUAACGACUUACCUACUGUUUCCGAGAUUGAUACUCCACCUAAAUAUGACAAUGAAGAAUAUAACGCGUACCAAGCUAACUAUGAUGCCGCGGAACCUGCCCCUAGUUCUUCCUCCUCAACGACAUCAACAACGACUACUCGUAGGACGCCCCCACGAAACAGAGGACGUCCCCGAUACACCACCACACCAAGAUCUGAAUCUUACGAAUCUACUACAAGAGUCGUAGUAACCAGACGACCAUUGAGGGAAAGAAAACCACUUCCACCCAGACCAAGAUAUGAACCAAACAAGAUCACAACCGAGAAAACUAGCAAAAAGUCAGACUCAAGUGAAAGCACAACAAAAUCAGCACGACAAAGGAUUAGAGGACGCAUUCAUUACAAACCCUCCGAAAAUGAGGAUAUCUAUGACAAAAGAGUAAAGUCGCAUAACACCAAAGAGGAAGACCUUGCCUACCAAAGAGAUGUCUUACACCAAAACUACCCCGUGACGUUGAUGGAGCGUGCCAGUACUGUGGACAUUGAAGCGAUGACUGAACCCACUUUCAGACAAACUGCGGAAAAAAAUCAAGAAGCUCUAACUGAGACUGUUGAUACUGAAAACGCUUACACUAACGAAAAAGUAUCAAUAAGCCAUGACUUUGUAAAUACGGAGUCAAGGGAAGAAUCUCAACCCACGUUCACAGCAAGAAGUACCACUAUAAAUCUUGAAACAUCUUACGUACCCAACCUACCUUCUACCCGCCAAGACUACCUGUACCAAUCUAGGAGCAGUGCGGCCCCGGUAGAAUCAAGCGGUUAUGACGACAUAAAUGUUGAAAAAGAAGAAGAUAUCUACGUCAAACACACCACUCCAGUACCAAAAUCAGAAUAUGUUGACAUAAGUUCAUACGCCUCUGAGUCCCCUUCCAAUCCAGCUACUGAACAAAGUGUCAGUUAUUCAAUCAGCAAUGAUUUCGGUCCCGCCAAACAAGAAGAUGCUACAACAUCUCCCGAAAACGAAGGCGCAAAGGUCGAGAGCCAAGAGCUUCCCGAGCUAGAAGAAGAAGAGAAUGUUGUACAAACUACACCAUCAUACAACCGAGUGCGCGUUCGCCCCGGAGUCAUCAGACAAUACCACCAGGCUUCAACAGAAUCUCCUAAAACCAAAGAAAGGAAGAGGCCUUCCCAAGCAGUCACUUACAGACCAGCAUUUAAUGGACGACGAACAACAAUGAGGAUUGACGAAAUUGAAGCUGACUUGAAAACAAAACAAGUGCACUCACGACCAGAAGUACAGGAAAUUAGACACCCAGUAUAUAGACCUGAGCCAUCAACAGAGCCCUCGGUGACAUCACCAUCGACAACUGAUAGUGCAACUAAGCGUGGACAUUUCCGCCGCAGAAGACCAUCAUACUCUUACACCACUACAUCAACGGAGUCUUCUAGUACUAAACGCGUCUAUGAAGUGAAGAACAGGUUCAGAGGGCGAAGACCGACUGAAAAGCCUACAGAGAAAUCUGCUGAAUCUGUACAAACAGAGGCACCAGCGUCCACAACCAAAAGUCCCCUUCACUCCAGAUACAGCCACAGACCAAGACUCUCAGAAAGGUAUAACAAGAAAACUGAGAUUGAAGAAACAGAAGAUCAAGACUCGAACUACUCCAUCAACAGGCCAAAAUACACCGAACCUGACUCAGACCAAUGGUCACCGAAAAUCUCAAGCGACUCAUUCAAACCUUACAACCCUAACGAUAUCGUCGAUGAGCAAAAAAUUGCUACCACUGAACGUAGAUCAGACAAAGACAGUGAAUUAGACAUUAUUACAGCCAGAAAUGAAUUUGAAGAUAUUUUACUGACGGUGACACCGGCAAGCAACAACAGAGUGAACAAGAAAAUUCCUGAAAUACCACCAACGCUAGAAGCUUUGGUAGAGCAAAGUAAAGUUACAAGAAGUGACUCAACCGAUACUAUGUCAACCUUCGAAAGUAUGUUGGAAGAAGUGAUGAAAAGCUUGGAAGAGCAAGACCAGGACGAGUACUCCAUGAACGUAAUGAAACAUAAAGGGGGUGAGAUUGGUGAAAUUCCACCCGAGAGAAUCAUAUCUUCUGGAGACAAUUAUGCAAAGUCUACGACACCAUUGGAAGAAAUCACGACUGUGGAACCAACAGCUGAUGACUCUACUCUUAAUACCGAGGAUGACAAAGACCGCAAAGCCCGUCGUCGUGGUUUCUGGAAGAAAGUUAAUGUACGCCCACUGACAACCGAAUCUAUCGAGUUCGCUGAAUCACAGUACUACACACACACUGUCAACCGCCUUGGACAACCUGUAAAACAAUCAAAGAACGUUCAUGAAAAAACUGAGAAAAGUGAAAAACCAAAAGUAACUACCUACAAGCCAAGCUACGACUUCAUUAAAGACCUUUUUACUAAUGACAAAGAAGCUACAAACAUUGAUGUGAUUCCAACUGUUGAUAUUCCUAAGCUUAGUAGCAAGGCAACAGAGAAUGAUGAAACUCUGAUAACUGAAGAAAGUAAACAAACGACUGUAUAUUUGGAGAAGGAAUCACAAACUCAAUCGUCUAUCAGUCCUGGAGAUUUCGACUUAGGUACUGGCUCGCCUGACCCUACACUCGAUGACUUAUACCUUACAACACCAACUGAAGCAACAACUACAACAGCAGCUGUAACUGUCAACAGAUCAGACGCAGGAUUCAGUUUCAUGGACUAUUUGUUCGGAGUCACGUCAGAAGGUAAACAAGGUGAGGGACAAAAUGAAACAAAAGCUACCGACGCUGACAUUCAAAUCACAACAGAACAACCCAAACCUAAAAUUGUUACAACGGAAAGCGCGUUCAUUCCUGAAGAGAUUACUGCCGCAUCAACAGCUGGUGAUAACACCGAGAUAGUCCAAUUUGAUGACAUCAAAAGGCUAAACACCACAGAGGAAGCUAAAACAGAGAAAACAGCUGACACCACGGAAAUAUCUGUAGUCAAGGUAGAAACCUCAUCAGUCUCGUCGUUCAUGAACCCAGCCAAUGUAGUCAGUACUUCAAUGUCCACCGAAGUGUCACACGAAACAGAAAUAUGCUUUAGAGGCAAGUGUAUCAAAACUAGCAAAGAUAUUUUAUAAAUAAAUUCCAAGUGAUCUAUACUGGUGCUAAAAGACUUGUGUUCAAAGUAGUGAAUUGUGUGAACAAUAAUGACUCAAGUACCUUAAUCCAAGGGGUCAUCGAAAUUUUAUAAUCUCUUAUUGAAUAUUUAUUAGUUUGUGGAUUAGGUUCUCGGUGCGGUGAAAUCUUGUAAAUAGUAAAUCCAGAGGCUCUUUACUUGGUUCCACCUAAGUAAUCAUUAACUAUAAGUAAGACAUUUUCAACUUUUAAGGCCCGUGGCCACAUGCUUUAAAAGUUUACACUAUGUAAUAUAUUUUUACGUAGUUAUUAAUUUUAAUUAUAGGAAUAUUCUGCUAUUUUAUACCUGCAUUCUAUACUUUAUUGUAAAUAUGACUGAACGUUUUGUAACCAUUAUUUUAAGUAUUUUCUUAAUUACUAUUUAUUUUCUUAGUUUAAUUUUCUAUUUUAAGCUCCUUUCCACAAAAAAAGAGAAAUGUUUUCUACAUUUUCGUAACAACGGGAUACUGAAAGACAAUUAUUGUUGAAAUCCCACCCAAAUAACAACAAUCUUGCUUAUUUGAUAGAUAUUGUAUAGGAACUAUCUGUUAAAUAAUCACUGAAAUUGUAACUAUUAUAAAAUAAAAUAAAAAGUAUUACCAAUUAA